UAACCGCACCCGGAGACGCAUUUAUAGUGUGGUAGGAGUUUUCAAGUUCCAUGUCCUGUAGGUGGGCGGUGCGUCAGCUGAUGACGUUGGACAACAAAAAAUGGCAGGAGGAAGCAGCAACUACUGGGAAGAUUUGCGAAAGCAGGCCAGGCAGCUGGAGAAUGAGUUGGACCUGAAGCUGGUGUCUUUCAGUAAACUGUGUACAAGCUACAGCAGCUCCAGAGAUGGCCGUCGAGGAGACAGCAACUCAGAUACUGCUCCCCUCCUCAACAACUCAACGCAGGACAGAAUGUUUGAGACCAUGUCUGGGGAGAUUGAACAGCUUCUGGCCAAACUCACAGGUGUAAAUGACAAGAUGGCUGAGUACACCAGCACCCCGGGGGUGACGUCCCUUAACGCAGCCCUGAUGCACACGCUCCAGAGACACAGAGACAUCUUGCAAGACUACACUCACGAAUUCCACAAAACCAAAGCCAACUUCCUUGCCAUCCGGGAGAGAGAAGAUUUGCUGGGGUCCGUCCGCAAAGACAUUGAGACAUACAAGAGUGGCUCAGGAGUGAACAACAGAAGAACAGAACUGUUUCUGAAGGAGCAUGAACACCUGAGAAACUCUGACCGCCUGAUGGAUGACACAAUAAGUAUUGCCAUGGCGACCAAGGAGAACAUGACAUCCCAGAGAGGGCUAUUGAAGUCCAUACAAAGCAGAGUCAACACUCUGGCCAAUCGUUUCCCAGCCAUCAACAACCUCGUCCAGCGACUCAACCUGCGGAAGAGACGAGACUCCCUAAUCCUGGGCGGAGUCAUCGGCGUUUGCACCAUCCUCCUGUUGCUCUACGCCUUCCACUGAUGACGAACAGACCGGUCGAACAAUCGUUACUCUGCGUUUGUAACAUCGGAAUCAGAACUCUGGAGAAUGGGCUUUAGUGAUUGGAGGCUACUGGACAGACAGACACCCUCUUGGCCCAAUCGCUUAACAAGAUUGAUCGAAGGCAGCAUGGACUACCUGAUUUUGUAUUUAGCAGUGGGAGGGAAGGAGGAGAAGGAUAUGUGAGAUGGGAGUAGCACUUUUUUUUUUUUUUUUUUUUCUAUCAAAAGUUUGCUGUUCAACGCUGGUUAAGGGAACAGAGACCAAAUGUACUGAUAUGACUAGAUUUGAAAGAAUUAUAUAUAUAUAUAUAUAUAUAUAUUUAUUAUUUCAAAUAUAUUAGUACCUUGAGACAGGCGAAAGUCAUAUGACUUUCGCCUAUCGCAAGGUACUAAUAUAUUUGAAAGAAUUAUAUAUGAAAGAAAAUUAAAAAGAACACUUGCUUUAAGGAGUUUAAUGCUCUGAAGACAGUCCCUCUCUUUCGUUUCCACCAUCUGUCUGUUGAUUUCUGUGAUGGAAGGAUUUUUAGUUGAAUGGUUAUUUUUCGUGAUGGGAUAUUCAGGAGGUUCGUAUUCAUCAUGGGCUGUACAUUGCAUUAUUAAUAAAUUAUUCAUUUACAGUAUGUGAUACUAGGCA